AUCAACGUUUAACCCCCAUCGGCGCGGAGCUUCGGUUCGCUGGCGGGGCUCCUUCCCGCAGCUGUACAUGUUAAGGUACAGAAAGAUACGGUCUGUAUGCACUGGUGACAGCAGCGGCCACCUCACCCAGCAGCACACCAGCACUCCAGCAUACCAGCGCAUCAGCAUUGGCAACGGCAGCGGCAUCAGCAGCGGCCAGCGUUUCCAGGUUGCACAUUACUAUUUCUUGAACGCCGCAGGGCUGAGUUGCAGCGACCGGCUUGUCCAACCCCAACCCUCCUUUUCCAACCGACUCCCGCCCACGUCCAGUAACAGCUCCUGAAUCCGCCGCCUCGAAUCCUACUGUCCGCCCUCCCCCUCCCCCGAUCGAUCCGUACACUAUUGCUGCCCAAGUAGAACACUCUCCUGGCUUCCGUAGCUGCAGGCAUCUUUCUCCAAGGUGCUCUCUACCUCAGGGUUCCCCCCUCCUUCCUCUCGCCAGACUUCUGCUUCACCGAACCACAAUCGCCAGGCUUGCGAAGUCCCAUUCGGCAACCCUUUUCUGCCUUCUCAACGCCUCCAACCUGCUGUCGAACCGGUCUUUUGCACUUUAUUCUCCGACUUAUAUACCAAUCGAUUAAAGCAUUGCACCUGCGCUUGAUUCCAAUAUCGCGACCACCAAGACGUAAAGCACAAUGUCGAGAUCAAUCCAACUCAAGGAAGAAGGCAACCGCCACUUCCAACAGGGUGACUAUGCCGGCGCUGAGGCACUUUACUCGAAAGCCAUCAUCGCCGAUCCCAAGAACCCUGCGCUCUACACCAACCGUGCCAUGGCGCGUCUCAAGCUUGAAAUCUGGGACGCCGUCGUCUCCGACUGCGAAUCCUGCCUCGGCCUGACCCCCGACAACCUUAAGGCCCACUACUACCUCUCCCAGGCCCAGCUCGCCCUUAAAGACUACGACUCGGCCCUCACGAACGCCCUGAAGGCCCACCACCUAUGUGUCCAGACCGGCGACAAGUCUCUGGCCGCCAUCACGGCACAGGUCCUGCGGUCGAAGAAGGAGCGGUGGGACUGGAUGGAGAAGCGACGCACACGGGAGGCGCGCCAUCUGGAAAACGAGGUCGUCGAGAUGAUGGAGAAGGAGCGCGAGCAAGCCGUCGCGAGCGCCAUGGACGACGGGGAGAAGAGGGAGAUCGAGGCCGAGUGGGAGCAGAAGAUCGAGAUGCUGAGGAACACCUUUGAGAAGAGCCGAUCGUCCGAGGAGAAGAGGCGCGAGGUCCCGGAGUGGGCCAUUGACGACAUCAGCUUUGGCGUCAUGGUUGACCCGGUCAUUACCAAAACCGGAAAGUCGUAUGAGAGGGCAUCCAUCAUGGAGCACCUGCGGCGCCACCCUAGUGACCCCCUCACCCGUGAACCCCUACUCCCGUCGGAGCUCCGGCCCAAUCUUGGUCUGAGGCAGGCUUGCGAAGAGUUCCUUGAGCAGAACGGCUGGGCCGUGGACUGGUAGAUCCAAUCAUCGGCCCUUCCCGCCUUUAUCACAUCCAUGUCGGCGGCACGGUUUGUUCUCUUGCGAAUGCAUAGCACGGCGUUUUGGAGUUGGCUACAAACGAGACGGUGAGUUGGGCAUGAAUUGCUACUUGGCAACCUUUUGCAGCCCGUGGUUAUCUCUUGGGAUUCUGCCCUGAAGGCUUUCGAUAUACCACGUGUAAUUCACUACUACUGGUCCUUUGUAGCACUUAAGACUGAUGCUUCCUGUGACAAGGUUGGGUUGGUUGGCAAAGGACUUUGAUGUUCCUAUGCUCCAGUAACCUUCCAGUGGGCCUUUGACUCUGCAGUAACAUUGGUGUCACUGUACACUUGACAAUCUGCUCUCCAUUUCGCCGGCGUUCAAGGCCACCAUCAAGGGCCAUUUUGAUAUUGGCAGUAAUGAUUCCCAGCUGCAGAGCUGGCAAGGGAACUUCUCAUUGACC